CUAUUUACCAAUGUUUAUGAAAUACAUCAGAUCAGUCUGUAACGUUUGCGUAUGUAUUUUUUUAGCUUGUCAUGAUAAAAAAGAAAGUGUUGUUUUUCGUUUUUUUUAAAUAUAUACAAAUGGACAAGUCGUGUCAAUCCACUCACUCAACCGGAACAACAAGCAAAGGGGAAAUAUUACCAGACGGACCUAUUCUCACGCGACACCGGUGGUAAAUUUCUGACACAACACGAUUACAUGGAAACCGAGAAAAUAGAAGAAUAUUUAACAAUGUCGGCUAAAACUUGCACCUGUUCCGCUGAACGUGUCUGUCUCCCUGAAGCGUCGAGUUAAAUAGUUCCGGGUAACAGGCGUCUUUCAGCUGAAAACCUGCAGCAUUGGAAGAAUCAGCAUGACAGACCAAAGGCUGUUGUUUAUAGAUAUUGAACCUAAGUCAAACAGCUCCACUCCUGUCGACGGCAGAACUGAGAAGCCCCUCUGGACUCGCAGUGAGAACACCUUCAGAUUUAACUUCCUACCUCACAACUCUCCGGCACUUCAGGAGGAAACAUCUCCGUCAUCAGACAGGACCGAACCAGCUGCGAGCCGGGUAUCCUUUACAGGACAGGGCUCUGCUUUUGCCUUCAAUUUUCAAAUUCCUCCUGGUGUUACACCUGUAGAAAACAUGGAGACGACAGAGACCCCAGGCACCUCUUCUCCAGGCAGCCAACAGUGUGUCCAAGAGGAAAAGCCUUCCCCGCUGCAGGAGGUUCACUCUCCACCUGAACUGUCAGUGCAGUCAAAAGCCAAGAAGAAGAAGAAGAAAUCUGGACAGAAAAAACCCUCAGAUAGCACCGAGCCACAGCAGAAGCCAAGUUCGGCUGAGGGGAAUCAAGGAGGCGAGGACGCAGAGCUGAGUGCAGAAGAGCUGCUGAACAGACAGCUGGACUGGUGCAUUGAGCAGCUGGAAGUGGGAAUGAGGUCCCAGAAGGGUACACCGAAACAGAAGGAGGAAGCCUCUCGUGCCCUGAAGACUCUACGAAGCUCCAAUGCUCCUCUGGCCAAGAAGAGGCAGGUGAUGAGAGCCAUGACAGGAGAUUACAGGAAAAAAAUGGAAGAAGAGAAGAGAAAGCAGUACAAACUCAUGCAGAGCGAAAUUGCAUCAGCUCACGUCAAAGUUGUGUCAGAUUCUCCAAAGAAGUGUGUUUUCCACCGGAGAGCUGAAGUCAAGGCCCAGACACCGGCCACAGAGGAGAACCUGCAACAAACUGAAGCGCAGGAAACAGACCCAACAUCACAGACUCAGGAGAAGACCUCAGCUUUUGUCUUUACUCCAUCAAAGGAGGCGUUUCGCUUCAAUUUUCUCUGAUUUGUAUGAUGAAGACAAGUUUUAUCAUACAUCAUGUUGGACUGUGUGGCUGGACAGUCUGGCCUGAGCUGUGUGCUGGACAUUCUUUGUGAUGGAAACAAUAAAAAGCACAUAAAACAAGGGGCUGCAUGGAGUUGAUGUCACUUAAAAUCACAGUGCUAAGCUGAUUGCUUGUACCAUAUUUCUGAAUAAAGCAUUUUGUAGUUUU